AUGGUGCACGCCGCGACGUCCGAGCGCUUCAGCAGCGUGUUCGCCUCAUUCGACCGCGACGCCGACGGCAGGAUCUCGGCGGCUGAGCUGCGGCUGUGCAUGAAGGCGGCGCUGCGCGAGGACGUGUCGGCGGAGGACGCAGAGGCGCUCGUGGCGUUGGCCGACACCGACGGAGACCGGCUGCUGGACGAGCAGGAGUUCCUCCGGUUGGUGGCGCGGCCGGAGACGGAGGAGGAGGAGGAGCGGUGCCGGGGGCUGAGGGAGGCGUUCACGAUGUACGAAGUGAAGGGCGAAGGGUGCAUCACGCCGGCGAGCCUGAUGCGGAUGCUCGCCAGGCUGGGGUCCGAGCAGGGCAUCGAGGAGUGCCGCGCCAUGAUCCGCAGGUUUGAUCUGAAUGGAGACGGAGUCGUUUGCUUCGACGAGUUCAAGGCGAAUAUCAGUGUGCAGAGGCUUCUGACAAGAAUGCAGCUAUUUUAA